CGGUUGGGGCGGACACGCAGCGCUCAGGUUGGCAGAGAGCGGCGGAGCAGAGUGCAGCUCCACACCCGCUCCUUUGUGACGGAGAAGCGGCGAAGGAGCAGCAGCACAGUGCCGCGCCCUUUCCUGCGCCCUAUACCCGGGGAUACUGCGCUCUCAGGCCGCACCAACCGCUCCACAACUAACCGGAAGUCAAGAUGUACUAGUCCGCGCGCACAGGUGACCGAGACGGGGCAGCACACUUUUAUUUUCCGUCCUUGUGUUUUCCUUUGGUUUCACCUUGCGCUCACACGCACGCAGAGGACGUUGAGGGUGAGACCGCAGGUACAAACGACACCGCUUUUGUGUCUCCACUCGACGAGGACUCCGGAUCUGGAUUUACCUGACAAACGAGUUUGUUCUUGCGCGAGGGAAAAGGUUGUCAACGCACCUCCAGCUGAUGGAAUGCUGAUGUCCAGCCGGCCAGCGAGGACGAGUCUGAAAGUCUGAAUGGCGCCCUAGUCCCUUUCCUCCGCUCACCGCCCGCUCUGUCCUCACCGGCCGCCUCAGCUCCUCCUCUGUGAUCGCACGCCGCCCCUCCCCCCAACACCUCGCCAUGGAUACGCUCACCGAUGACAAAGAGGGAUGUUACUACAACCGCUCCGUCAAGUUCUUCUACACGGAGAGCGGCAAGAACAUCAGCGCCCACUGGCGCCAACGUGACUAUGUGAUCGUGACGAUGGGCAUGACGGUCUGCUUCAUCGUCAUCUUCUCCAACCUCUUGGUCAUUGGGGCCAUUUUGAAAAACCGACGCUUUCACUUUCCCAUUUAUUACCUGUUGGGAAACCUGGCAUGUGCAGAUCUUUUCUCAGGUAUCUCUUACCUCCACUUGAUGUUUCACACUGGUCCCUGGACCAUUAAGCUGUCCAAGUAUCAGUGGUUUGUGCGGCAGGGCCUGAUCGACACCAGUCUGACGGCCUCUGUCCUCAACCUGCUGGCCGUGGCCGUGGAGCGUCACCAGACCAUCUUCAAAAUGCAGCUUCACAGCAAGAUGAGCACCCGGCGGGUGUUCGUCAUCAUCGUGUGCAUCUGGCUGGUGGCGAUCAUCAUGGGCCUGGUUCCCACCAUGGGCUGGCACUGCCUCUGCGACCUGCCCAACUGCUCCACCAUGGCCCCCAUGUACAGCCGCAGCUACCUGGUGUUCUGGGCGCUGCUCAACCUCCUCACCUUCUCCAUCAUGGUGGCCGUCUACACCCGCAUCUUCGUCUACGUGAGGCACAAGAGCAAGCAGAUGUCCCAGCACACGUCCCAGAUGAGACUCAAAGACACUGUGUUGAGCCUGAUGAAGACCGUGUCCAUGAUCCUGGGCUGCUUUGUGAUCUGCUGGACGCCCGGCCUGGUCGUGCUGCUGCUCGACGGCCUCGGCUGCGAGAAGUGCAAGGUGCUGCGCUACGAGAAGUACUGCCUGGUGCUGGCCGAGUGCAACUCCUUCGUCAACCCCAUCAUCUACUGUUUCCGGGACAGCGAGAUGAGGAAGACCUUCAAGCAGAUCCUGUGCUACGUGUGCAGGCGCGGCAGCCCGAAGGAGGGCAACUCCAGCGCUCACUUCACCACGCUGGAGCACGAGAACUCUAAGUCUCGUAACGCCACAGCCGCAGAGAGGAGCAACGGGAAGCCUCUCAUCUGCAACGGCUCAGAAGACGUACCGUCCACCUCGGACAACUGGAAUUAAACAUCAGUGAAACGCACGCACACACUCACACACACACAUACAUACACACACACACUUGCAGAAGAAGGACAUGAUUGAUCAUGGCUCAGCAGUGGACUCCACACGUCUGUGUAAACCGGGACGUCUGUUUCCCCUCAGCCUGCAGACUGUUGUGACAGAACCAGAAACUGUUUAUUCUGUUAAAUUAAAUUAAAUGAAAAAAAAAAAAAAA